GGCCAGUAAUUGAAGUGUCAGAAAAUUUCAAACACGUGCACAUUUUGACUCUGGUUUUCGGCAGAAAGCUUCCAGCAAAAAAAUUUUAAAAAGAAAAUCAAGUGUUUAUGGUUCACGCGUAAUUCAAAGUCUUAAAUAUCUUUUGUAAACAAAUCGAGCAGUGAGGAGUGACCAUUGUUUGGAUUUUAGACUUGCCUUGAAAGAAAUUUAGGAAAAAGAUGUCUGACAGUAGCACGACCCCUUCGCCUCCGGAGGACUCCGACUCCAAUGAGAGAAAUUCAACUUCCAGUCAAGGAAGCGUAUCCAAGGAACUGGCCCACAAAAUCUGGCGAGUGACUCCCAAUGAUCUGGCCCAGAAUAUUCCAGCACUCGCAAACUCAGCUUACCCGUGCAUCGGAGGUGUCGAAUGGGGAUCAGGGGGAGCAUCGAGCAAGAAUUCCGCGAAUGACUCGGCAAACGCCUUUAUAAGUGAGGUGGAACGGGCUCUGUACGGCAACAGUACUGGAUAUCCGAAGAAUGGCAGCAAGAACUACUUCAAGGCUGCCGAGAAUUAUGCGAUUUAUGGCGACAAUUUUCUCGACUUUCCAAAAGACACAUCCACCUGUUUCGCGGGUCUAGGAUCGACUGGUGGAUCGGUCUCCAAUGCGCCGCCUGGAUUCGAACGAUCCGCUCGAUUAUCGGCCUUGUACGAACGGAAACAGGCACCAUCCCAGGGUCCUACUCCAGCAACUCUUUCAGGGCAUCAUCAUCCACAACAUCCCCAGCAGUCAAGCCAACAACAACAACGACAGUCAGCCACCGACUACAAUAGAAAUAACCAUAACACCCAAACCAGAAACUCCGGUCAGUCUGGAGGCAUCAAUGAGUUCCCAAUUCCGCAGAUCUGUCCGCAAUUUAUCAGCUCUCCUCAACCUUCUCGCUCGAAUCCGAAACCUCAAACCCACUCGCGUACUCUUCAGCCGUUCGGCCCAUCACAUUCGGCGUCGCAGCAGCACUAUCAGCCACAAAGGGGUGGGGGUACGGCGAGUGGCUACCACAGCGACCCCCUUAGCGGCUAUCCCCCAUCCAAUGAAAUAAACUUGUCCCAGUUGUAUCAACAACUGAUGGCUCGCAACCUACGUCCCGGUCACCGGCACCAACACCAACACCAUCAGCAGCAGACCAAUUCGAAUGCGGCGGCAGCUGCCAUGAUCUACGCCAAUCUGGAGCUUCAGCAGCAGAUGCAACUUCGUCAGUUGCAAAUGCAGCAACAACACCAGCACCAGCAACAGCAACAGCAACUGCAUCAGCAACAGGCUCGCUUGCCCCGGGCCAUUUACGGAGGCAACAACGGGCAUGGAUCCGGAGGAGCUGCUACCCCCACUGGCGGCAAGGAACCUCCAGUUGGCAAAUAAGGUCUG